AUGUAUACGAACAUCAGACCCAUCCAAGAGGUCCUGCGUCACGCCGGAAGAAAUAGCAUUCCCAAAGGUGUCCAGAUGCUGCUGGCGUUAUCGUCGAGGAGGAGGCGGGGGAGCAGUUCAACUAUCGGCGGCGAGGAAGUUAUCUCGGAUGUUACACAGAAUCCGAGCCAACACGGCCGUGAGUCUUACGUCGAUUCGAACCGGCUCGCCGGCAUCAUGAACUACCUCCCGCUGCGUGAAGCGUUCGGAGAGUUCUGCCAGAAAUCGCUCUGCAGCGAGCGCCGAAGAGGAGAAGGAGGCACCAACACACACGAGCGGGUUGGGGGCGUGGCCGCCAUGGUGAACGAGUACGUAAAGGACGGCGCUCCUUCCGAGAUCAACAUCAGCAGCAACACCAAGCACAACAUCAUGGAGCUGACAAAAAUCGAAGCCUUCGCCUCGCUUGACCAGGAUGCGCGAAAGUUGAUUUUCGUCAAAGCCGAGAGGGAGAUUCGGAGCAUGCUGGAAGACAAUCUUAUGGCCAAGUUCCUGGCGUCCGCGCAGUACAAACGGGCUGUGGACGGUGAUGGCCAUGGACGCGUGUAA